UGUAGAUUGGGGCGGGUUGCUGGCCAGAAGCGAAAGCGGCAGAUUUGUUGUUGGGCAUUGCCGCCCUCUCCCCACCUGUCGCGGGUGGACUUUUGUAGGGCGGGUGAUAAGCUGGGGAAAGGGGUUUCCAGGCGGGCGGCAGUCAGACGCUGAGCAGGCGGCCCCAUUGUGAAGCUGCCAAACUCUCUCUAGUGGUGGAAUCUGCAAAUCUGCCAGCAAGGAGAUGGGAACAUGAAGGGAAUGACGGCCCCGUCCUAUUCCCCUUGCAAGUGUUCCACGUCCUUAGGGUUUUCCUGCUUCUCCACCCACUUCGGUUUGCAUCCGGGUGGGUUACUGAUGAGUGUCGAGCCAAGAUGCUGACAGUGUCUGUGCAUGGUGGUUGUACAUAGUAUCUGGAGUAGAGCAGAAAAAAUAGUAUGCCUGUGUUCCCUUGGGACUCAUUGGACAUUGUACAGUGACAUCUUCUGGGAUUUAGUCUGGGGUGUGCAGACUGGUGCCUAAGAUGGAAGUAGAUGUUAAUGGAGAGUCCAGAAGUACCCUGGCCACCCUGCCCUUGCCUGUGGCGGAGGCGAGCUCCCCAGGAAAGGCAGAAGCAGAGAAGCCGCGCUGUUCCAGCACGCCGUGCUCGCCGAUGCGCCGGACUGUGUCAGGCUACCAGAUCCUGCACAUGGACUCUAACUAUCUGGUGGGCUUCACAACUGGUGAGGAACUCCUGAAGUUAGCCCAGAAGUGCACAGGAGGUGAAGAGAGUAAGGGAGAAGCUGUGCCUUCCAUGCGCUCCAAACAGCUGGAUGCAGGACUUGCACGUUCCUCUCGUUUGUAUAAAACCAGAAGUAGGUACUACCAGCCAUACGAGAUUCCGGCGGUCAAUGGCAGGAGGCGAAGGCGGAUGCCCAGCUCGGGAGACAAGUGCACUAAAUCUUUACCUUAUGAACCUUACAAGGCCCUCCAUGGGCCCCUGCCUCUUUGUCUUCUUAAAGGUAAGAGGGCUCACUCCAAAUCUCUGGACUACCUCAAUCUAGACAAAAUGAACAUCAAGGAGCCAGCCGACACCGAAGUGCUCCAGUACCAGCUUCAACACCUAACCCUCAGAGGGGACCGUGUGUUUGCUAGGAAUAACACAUGAAUGACUUACAGAGAGUGCAGACCAGUCUAGGCCAGCCUGCGCUUGGCGGGAAAAGACCAGUCUAGGCCAGCCUGCGCUUGGCGGGAAACCCACUGUUGUACUCUGUACAGGACUCUUCAUGUUACAGAUGGUUAUAUCAGCUCAGCGUUCCUGGAACAGAAAAAUUGUUUGGAUCAGAUUUCAAAUGCAGGGAUGAAAUCACAGGUACUUUGGGGGAAAUCAUUCUAGAGCACGCAACUGCAAAGAACACAGAAUGUUGGCCGUUAGUCUGUAUAGCUUUUUAGCUAGGAAAAAAGGCUGCGGGUACAGUAAUACCAUCUUUAUGAUUCUGACACUCAAAUUGGGAAUGUUACAUGCUUGGUUGUUGCUGACUUGGUAUGAUUCAUUAGAAAUUGAUAUCCUUAAGUACUCAAGUACUUCUUUAAUCUCUGUAUUUUACUAUAAAAUGUAUGUAAUGAUUUGUUUUACGAAAUUUAGAACUUGAACAUUGCUGAAUUGGACCACUUUUUAUUUUUAAAUAUUGAGUUUAAAGAUUUUAUAACUGGUUUUGCACUGAAAAAAUUAACAUUUCAGAUUGACAAGAGAAUAAUCUUUUCUUCACUUGCCUCAAUAAUACUAUUGAGCAAUGAAUUUUUUUAUUUCCGCAUGGAAAGUUAUUGAUCUCUCUGGCUGUAAAAUAUUUCUUUAUAGCAUUAUUAAAGUGUGUCUUAAUACAAUUAAAUUUGGGAUACAAAGUAUUUAUUUUACAAUGGGUGGGGGGAAGCUUUUCCAGAAAGUUUCCAAUAUGAAGUUUUCAUAAGUUAAAAAAGUUUCCUUAGUGCUUACUUUCUAAGUUAAAAUUCAUCUGGAACUUUAAAAUGGAAAGGAUUCUUUUAAUUGUGGAUGAUAGGCAUAAUACUGUUUGCAUCUGAAUGUUCUGUAAGUGAAUGAAACUUUAAUAGAAGGACUCAUGAUUUCUACUAUCGAAUGCUUAAACUAAGUAUGAAGUAAUACCAUUCAGCAUGGCAUCGGGUCAUUCCAGUUUUAGUUCUGUGCAGCUCAAAGCGCUCAUUGAAAUUUCAGUUUCUAGGAUUAGUGUGGGAGCCUAAAGGGCUUCUACAGUUUUAAUGGGUUAAUCCUGGAUUACUUAACAAUUUAUGUCAAUUGCACUGGUUUAAUUUGUUGCUAAAGAAAUAAUGCCCUGGCUUUAGUAACAAAUACAGCUCAACUAUUCUUGAAUAUAUUUUGAGGAAAAUGUAUGUAACUUAACCUUUUGUAAAAGUUUCUAUUUUUUUUUUUCUUUUUUGACUCUUGAAGGUGCAAUUUAUUACCGAAUUGGCAUUUCUGGCAGCAUAGAACUGCUUAUUUGAAAUUUUAUUUUGGGGACUGUUUCUUAGGUGUUAGCCAUCUUGCUUAUAAAAUAAGAACACCUUUUAUUAAUGAGUGGGUCAUUCCUGGUGCAGAUAAUGACUUUUAUUUAGCCAGAAUGAAUGGCUAACUCUAUGUAGAGCAGAGUAAGUAUUAGAAAACCCUAGGAACUCUUUAAAUCAACAUUUAUUAUACUUUCACUGAGGCAAAUCGUGUGAGAGAGCCUUGGGGAAGUUGACCCAUGUCUUAAGACUGUGUUGGUCAGAUUUCUUGGUGGGCUGGAAAUUUUCAGCUGUUGUAUAUUUUAAAGUAAAUUGCACCUUUGUAACAUAUUGUAUUGACGAAUGAUCACUAAGAUUAACUAUAUCUAUACAGUCAUUAGUUUGACAAGAAAUAGAAUCCUGUCAGAUGCCAAAGAGUUGGGAUUUUUACGUUUAAUGAUUAAACACCGUUAUUUAUUGAUGAUUUACCCUGUGGAACUGUAUUAUUUCUAACUAUGAAAUAAAAGGGUGAUGUAAACACA